AUGCAACCCUCUGUGGCAGCCCUGCGAGCCGUCCAGCCUAAAGGGCCGCUGAGCUUCCAGUCCCUGCCCGCACCGCUGCGGCCAUUGGUCCGGGCCUAUCUCCUGGGCUAUGCCUCUGCCGUGGCGCCUCGCCUGUUGACGCUGAUCCUCCAGUUCAUCUCCAAGAGGCGCAAGAGCGCGAGGAAAUAUCUGUCCGCCGACAAGGAUGAGCGGUCCUUUAAGGAUUCUGCGCUUCGAAUCUUACGCACCGGCCUGGAUCCGCGACGGUUUCCUACCUUUUGUGCUGCGUUAGUGGGGGGUUCUACAUUAUUACAGGAACCUCUGCUCAAGAUCAUCAGCCGUGUUGCCACCCAGCUUGGUACGGCGUCACAACUCAGACUAGCACGAUGGCUGUCUACUUUCAUAUCGGGAUGGCUCAGCCUCCAGCUUCUACAGUCUAAGCGGACUCACCCUUCAUUGACAGAAGCGGGUUUGGCAUCGGUCCAGCAAGGUCUGGCCGAAGCUGUGCCCAACGGUUAUGGCGGUCGGACGCUUGACCUCACUCUCUUUGCUGUCACUCGCGCUGCCGAUGUCCUCGUUGGCGAGCUGUGGUCUCAGCACCGCGGCCGCCGCAAGGCUACGGAAAAGUGGACGGUGAUUGAGCAAAUCAUCUCCCGUCUGACAGACCCGGCCGUGUUUGCUGCCUCGUCGGGCCUCAUCAUGUGGGCGUGGUUCUACUCACCAGACAGCCUUCCUCGCAGCUACAACAAGUGGAUCACGUCUGCCGCCUCUGUCGACCUACGACUUAUCGAAGCUCUACGGCGGUGCAGAAACGGGGAGCUCAUCUACGGCAAGGAGACUGGCCAGGCGCCGCUCCUGACAUCCAUGUGCGAAGACUACGGCCUGCCAACAGAAUGGGGUGACCCCGUUACAAAAAUCCCCUUUCCCUGCGACCUCGUCCAUAUGGGGUGUGGCCCAUCAUGUGAAUAUCAUGCUAUAAGCCGCUUCCUUCGUUCUUGGAAGUGGUCGAUGCUCACCUACCUGCCCCUUGCCCUGGCCCUUCAGCUGCGGAAUCCCAAGCGGAUCGAUCUGAUGAAGGCCAUCACCGGCUCUACCCGAUCAUCCACUUUUCUUGCUACCUUCAUCACCCUCUUUUACUACGGCGUGUGCCUAGGCCGCACUCGCCUCGGCCCCCGCAUCCUCGGCAAGGAUAUAGCUUCCCGCCAGUGGAUCGAUGGAGGGCUCUGCGUCGGCACCGGAUGCUACCUUUGCGGCUGGAGCGUCUUCAUCGAGACUGCGGGCAGGAGGAAAGACAUGGCCUUGUUCGUGGCGCCAAGGGCGUUGGCGACGCUGGUCCCGCGUCGAUACCCCCUAGAGAAGCAGUGGCGGGAGAAGUUGAUAUUCGCGGCGAGCACGGCAGUUGUAUUUACAUGUGCUCUCGAGAAUCCGAAACGAGUUAGAGGCGUAAUGGGAGGGUUGUUGAGCAUGGUAUUAAGGAAAUAA